AGUUUUGUUGACAGUUGGCACAGUGAAAUGGAACAUUAUCCUUCUAAAACAUAAUAACAUAAAUUAUCCCGUUUUUAUAGUUUUUAUUGAAAUUUUGCAUUGACGAUAUAAGCCGCGUUUGUUAUUAUGUUCGUACUAUAAAACUGUACUUAAUGUAUCUUAAAGCGUACAAUAUUGUGGAAUGUGUUGCUGAUAUUGUCUUCUAACUCUGGCCAAGACACAUAUUAUUUCGUUAAAGGAUAUUAAAAAUACAGUAGCUUAUUCGAAAAUGGAUACCCCACGAACAGUUGGAGAAAGUGAUAUGACCGAUAUUACAGAAAUUGACGAGAUUGGAAUAAAUAAUAAUCUUAAACUUCGUUAUGAAAACGAGAUUAUAUAUACUUAUACUGGAUCAAUACUUGUGGCUGUAAAUCCUUAUAAACCAUUGCAGAUUUUUAGCAAGAAUUAUGUUCUCAAAUAUCACGGACAAAAAUUUGGUUCCCAUGAACCACAUGUAUUUGCUUUAGCGGAAGCUUCAUACAGAAGUAUCAUUGAUGAUGAUAUAAGUCAGUCGGUAGUUAUAUCUGGCGAGUCUGGGGCUGGAAAAACUGAAACAACAAAAUUUAUUCUUCAAUACCUAUGUGCUGUAACUUCCAACGUUUCAACUUGGAUCCAACAACAAAUAUUGGAGGCAAAUACGAUUCUGGAAGCUUUUGGAAAUGCCAAAACUAUUCGUAAUGAUAACAGCUCACGGUUUGGGAAAUUUAUGCAAGUGUGCUUCGAUUCAAAACAUGGCAUUAAAGGAUGCGUUAUACAAGAUUACUUAUUGGAACAAUCUCGCAUAACAUUUCAAAGUACUGGAGAAAGAAACUAUCAUGUUUUAUAUCAACUUGUUGCACAGGGACAACAUAAUCCUGAAAUGAUGAAAGAGUUUCACCUUAAACCACCAACAUUUUAUAAGUAUUUAAAUGCAUCUGGUAAUAACGAAUUAGACAUUGAAUUUGAAUCAAAAAAAUUUGAAGCUCUUACCAUGGCGUUUACUGUUUUGCAAAUUUCCGAACAAUCAAUCGAUGGCGUUUUUAAGAUUUUAAGUGCUAUAUUAUGGUUAGGUAAUCUGGAUUUUUGUGACGUUGAUGGUGAACGAUGUGAUUUACUUAACGAAGACAAAGACAUAUGUAGUAUCAUAUCCAAACUUUUGGGUAUAAACUACGAUGACAUGCUACAAGUUUUAUUACGACGACAAAUUAAUGUAAGAGGAAAUAUUACGGAGAUUCCACACAAAUUACAAGAGGCUCGUGAAAACCGCCAUGCUAUGGCUAAAGCGCUGUAUUCAAAAACGUUUGCUUGGCUUGUAUCUAAAAUAAAUAGUUGUACAAAUCCAGGACAAGAUGGGAAACGAUUUCUAGGCGUUUUGGAUAUAUUCGGAUUUGAAAACUUUGCAAAAAAUUCAUUCGAACAAUUGUGCAUAAACUACACAAAUGAAAAAUUGCAUAAGUUUUUUAACCACUAUGUCUUUGCAUUGGAACAGGAAAUAUACAAACAAGAGGAAAUAGUCUACUCACAUGUUGAAUUUACAGAUAAUUCUAUGUGUUUAGAAAUGAUUGAGCGGCCGCCAAGAUGUAUUUUUAAAUUACUAACUGAACAGUGUCACAUGCCAAAAGGUUCCGACACGGCAUACCUGAAUAACAUGCAUGCUGAAUUUGAAUACAAUCCUUACUACUUUAAGGGAGUUGAUCGAAGGCAUUGGGAAACCGAAUUCGGAAUUAAGCACUACGCAGGCUGCGUUAUAUAUACAGCUGAAGGAUUUGUUGAUAAAAAUCGAGAUGUCCAACAAGAUGUUUUAUUUGACUAUAUGAGCCGAAGUCAUAAUACGUUCGUGAAAGAAUUGUCAUCUUAUCAGGAAAUGCAAACCACCUCAACCAAUACUCAAAGAGGAACUUCAAAGGCAAAAAUAACAGUCAGUGACAAUUUUAGACAACAGUUGCAAGCAUUAAUUGAUGUAUUACAAAACACAAAACCUUG